GUAGGAGGCGAUGCCUCGUCCUCAUACCCAACUCCUAUUCCGGCACGUCCACGUCGUGCAGAGCGGUAACAUGCGUUACUAGGGGUGCAAGAGCUCUUUUUGAGGAGGAGCUCUUUUUGCUGCACUAGUUGCAUCAGAUGGUAACGCAUGGCUAAGCCGGAAAGGGGGAGACAGGCCAACAAAUUAGUGCUGGAAAUUUGUUGGUUCUGGCUUCUGUAAAUAGUGUAAAGUCCACAGCUCCUGCUGUACGAAGUAGUGAGGCUCAGCAUCUCGGCCUUACCUUCAACGGCAAACGAAAAAACAGCGGAGCUGAUCAAUAAUAAUUAUUUUCAAACUGUUCCAAGUGUUCUCGAGCGUACAAUUUUAAUCAUUGGAAAAGUUCAACAAAACACCAGCCCCAAUGGCCAGCAAUUUGUUCGGGGUUUGUGGAACAAAAUUGAAGCGAUCGAUGUUUAAGAACCAGAGCUGUCAACAAAUUGAAAAAAUUCUGCACUGGAUUUGUAACCUUUUCAAGAAUCGAUCUCCCUACCCUUUGAGACAAGCUUUGCCUUUGACUAGUACUGUAGCAACAUCAACAUCAGCCCAGAUCAACCACCAAUCAACAGAUCAGCGUCAUCAACUACUACGAUCAAUGCAUCCAACAAUCAAACAAUCCAACACUCCGGAAAACUAUCAACCAGCAGUCAGGACAGUCAUGAUAAAACGGCAAAUCUUCCCUUGAACGACAUCUGCUGUUGAAGCUGCUGAUUACGACGAUAAUUGGAGUAUGUAGAGUAUAUCAGAGAAUUGAUUUAUUUUAAACUCAUUAUUAUAAUCAUUUUGUAUGUGACUAAAUACGUUCAAACUUCCUUAAUGCACUAUAUACUACAAUUACUACAAUUA